AUGUGGUUUGUUGGCCUCCGCGGCAGCUGCAAUGAUGUGGAUUCCCGUGCUGGUCUUUCUGCAGCUGGCGGACUGCUCUCUCGCCUACCGACACACGCCGGUGAGUUCCCCGUUAGUGGAUGAGCAGUCAGCCCAUGGCUUCCUGUCUCGCUCGCUGCUUUAUAACAGCUGGGACCUGGAACUGGUGGUGCCCGACAACCUGGAGAGGGAAUGUCAGGAGGAGAUCUGCACUUAUGAAGAGGCCAGGGAAGUGUUUGAGGACGACGUUCAGACGGAAGUAUUUUGGAACGACUACGUCGAAAGCCACGCCUACGCGCCCAGAGUGGACGUGUCGGGCCUGGUGGCGGGGAUCCUGGCAAUCCUGGUGUGCGCCGUGAUCGCCACCGUCCUGGGCCUCUACUUCUACAAGGCCAAGAACAAGGCGGGAAGGAGACCCGUGCAAAUGGCGCAAGAUGGGCGUCCGGCCCCUGAGAUGGUGCCCCUGGCGAGCGCCCCGGGUCUACCGAGUUACAGCGAGGCUCUCAACCGCAGCGGGAUGCACGAUGCCCCGCCGCCACCUUACUCGGGGGGGGCGCCAUCCGAGCCUGCAGACCCGCGAGACAACGAGUGAGCUCCGAGCUCUGAGCCAGCCAUCAGCCAUCAGCCAGCCAGCCAGCCAGAGCUGCUUCCAAGUGGUUGAUGCUGGCGCUUGAUGACGCUUGGAGUCAAGUUGAAAUGUUGCAUGUUGUAGAACCUAUUGAAGGACGGGGUGGAGAGCCCAACUCAACAACGGACACUUUUCACAAUAUGACGUACAUUGUACAGAUGCGAGGCUCUUAAUUCGGUGCAGGUGAGAGUGAGGCUGACCCCCCCCCCCGUCCUCCCUCCCACCAAUGACUGCCCUGUUCUAUGUCCAGUUUGUGUGUGAUGUGGUUGAGUCACAAUAAAUCCAUUAAGUUGCUCAAAAGA